AUGUUACUGAGCAAAGUGAGCUGUCAGCUGCGAGGGAGCCGCCAGCACCCAGGCCGCGCCCAGGCGUGCGGGCCCCGUUUCCUCACGGGGGAGCUUCCCGGGUGGCAGGCCCAGGCCGGCGUCUGCCACACCCAGGGCGAGAGCGUGGCUGCAGACACCUGGGUUUCCAACGUCCAGUGCGACUGUGAGGCUAACCUGCAGCUGGAGCCGCUCCGCUGCUGGGCGCCGCCUGCUGUGUGCCGCCUACUGUGUGCCAGCUGCUGGGCGCCGCCUGCUGUGUGCCGCCUACUGUGUGCCACCUACUGUGUGCCAGCUGCUGGGUGCCGCCUGCUGUGUGCCGCCUGCUGUGUGCCGCCUACUGUGUGCCGCCUACUGUGUGCCACCUACUGUGUGCCAGCUGCUGUGUGCCGCCUGCUGUGUGCCGCCUACUGUGUGCCACCUACUGUGUGCCAGCUGCUGGGCGCCGCCUGCUGUGUGCCGCCUACUGUGUGCCGCCUACUGUGUGCCGCCUACUGUGUGCCACCUACUGUGUGCCGCCUGCUGUGUGCCGCCUGCCUACUGGGCGCCGCCUACUGUGUGCCGCCUGCUGUGUGCCAGCUGCUGGGCGCCAAGGUCCGCCUGGGCCACCGCACCUGCCAGGCGCCUCGGGGCGGAGGGUCCGCCGGGCACUCGGGGCCGCGGGCGGGCGGGGCGGGCGGACCGGUGUUCCCGCGGGUCGCCGAGACGCGCUGCACUCGAGCCGGCGUUUCCGGCGGGCGGCCCAGCUGCGCGUCCGUCCGUCCAGCGCUCACCAUGGCCGCGCCGGCGCCGCGGGUGCUGCUGCUGCUGCUGCUGCUGCUGCCUCCGGGGGCCCACAGCGAGGUGUGCAUGUUGGCCGGUGGAGACAGCUUCUCCCCCAAGACCUGCCCCAUGUUCUGCUGUGGCACCUGCUACAACCAGUACUGCUGCUCCGACAUCCUGAAGUCCGUCUGGAACAAGGAAGGCUGUGCCGACAAUCAGGACAGCUUGGCCAGUGUCAGGAAUAACAUGGUGGAGACGUCGCUGAAGUACACCGACAUAGACACCAACCCCCUGCCAGGGUCCGGGGCCACCAUAGCCAUCGGCCUGACCAUCUUUGUGCUCUUCAUUGUCACCAUCAUCGCGUGCUUCACCUGCUCCUGCUGCUGUUUGUACAAGAUGUGCUGCCCCCCCCGCCCGGUUGUGACCACCAACACGUCCACCACGGUGGUGCACGCCCCCUACCCUCAGCCUGCAAGCGUGCCACCCAGCUACCCCGGGCCGUCGUACCAGGGCUACCACCCCAUCGCCCCCCAGCCAGGGAUGGUGGCGGCACCCUACCCGACGCAGUACCCACCCCCGUACCCCGCCCAGCCCGUGGGCCCGCCUGCCUACCACGAGACCUUGGCUGGGGGUGCAGCCAUGGCCUAUCCUGCCAGCCAGCCUCCUUACAACCCAGCCUACAUGGACCCCCCGAAGGCCACCCGCUGAACGCACUGCAUCUCUGGCUGCCACUUGAUGCGUCGCGCGCGCGCGCGCGCGCGCGCGCGCGUGUGUGUGUGUGUGUGUGUGUGUGCGCUUGUGCGGCUAUGCAGGCACAGCCUUUCAACCCGUGCGGUGUGUGUGUCCUGUUUAUACACGUGAUGAUGACAAGGUGGGGACGAGCCUCACCAGAGUUGCUGGAACCAUCCUUUGUUCUCUUCCUCACUUCAAAUUAUGCUUCCUUGAAAUCCCAAGCAAAACUCAAAGAAUGGGGUGAGUUCCUGGCCAGACCGCCCGGGAGACCGGGGGGUCGUCACUCGGACAGCCCCGCCUUUUGUGGGCAGCGAGCGCACAUGCUCGGGCUCUGCAGUGGCCAGCCCGCCUGAGGCCAUGCCUGCCCCCAGGUGUGGCCUCCCUCACAGAACAGAGCUCCUGCAGGGCGGUGAGUGGGGCCGGGGUAAGCUGGGUUUUGAUCCCAUCGUUCCCUGGAGCCAGGCCCUGGGACCACCUGGAGGCCGCAUCCGCCUCGGUGCUGGCUGCCCUGGCCCCCGACACAGGUGGACAGGGUGGCCGUUGUCCACCUACACACUCAGGUGUCCUCCCUGCAGUGUCUUUGUUGUACUUUUAUCCAAACUUUUUUUUGCCUCUUUUGUUUUAAAAUGUAUGUGAUAGUUGCUGAGGCUGAAACCCCUGGGUCCCAGAGGGACAUUGGCCCAGAGGAGAGGGACCAUCUGACCUGACAGUUCCCGUCUCCCUCACACCAGCUCCUGGAGCCUCGUUCCAUUGUCCUGGCAGCAGGGACACUGGGCCACCAGCCUCUGAACCAAGGUGGGGGGCCCUGGGUGGCCGCUGGCCCAGAUACGAAUACCUCAGUGUCCCCAGCCCUCUGUGACUGUCUCACCAGAUCUGUCUCAACUUUGUACUGUUGAUGCGUUUCUGAGUCUGGGAGCUGUACCUUGGUUUAUAAUAAAUGCAGACAUUUUGAGCUA